AGUGCGUCAGGCCGGCGCUUUAUAGCGGCAGCCUGGGCGGCUCCACUUGCUGUUUUCGCUCUUUUCUGUGCUUAGGUUUCUUCUUCGGUUCGCGAAGAUGCAGCUCAAACCGAUGGAGAUUAACCCCGAGAUGCUGAACAAAGUGCUGGCCCGGCUGGGGGUCGCCGGCCAGUGGCGCUUUGUGGACGUGCUGGGGCUGGAGGAUGAGGCUCUGAGCUCGGUGCCUGCGCCUGCCUGCGCGCUGUUGUUGCUGUUUCCCCUCACGGCCCAGCAUGAGAACUUCAGGAAAAAACAGAUUGAAGAAUUGAAGGGACAAGAAGUCAGCCCCAAAGUAUACUUCAUGAAGCAGACCAUUGGGAACUCCUGUGGUACCAUCGGACUUAUACACGCAGUGGCCAAUAAUCAAGACAAACUAGAAUUUGAUGAUGGGUCAGUCCUGAGACAGUUUCUUUCUGAAACGGAGAAGUUGUCCCCUGAAGACAGAGCAAAAUGCUUUGAAAAGAAUGAGGCCAUUCAGGCAGCCCAUGAUGCUGUGGCUCAGGAAGGCCAGUGUCGGGUCGAUGACAAAGUGAAUUUUCAUUUUAUUCUCUUUAAUAACGUGGAUGGCCACCUCUAUGAACUUGAUGGACGGAUGCCAUUUCCGGUGAAUCAUGGCAGCAGUUCAGAGGACUUGCUGCUGCAGGAUGCCGCCAAGGUCUGCAGAGAAUUCACUGAGCGUGAGCAAGGGGAAGUUCGCUUUUCUGCUGUGGCUCUCUGUAAGGCUGCCUAAUGUUAUGUGGGAAGGGAUUAAGCUUUGUUCCCCUCUUCCCUUCACCAUGAAAAUAUAUCCCUACCAAUGCAGUCUUAAAAUGCUUCAGUACUUGUAGAACACAGCUGUUCUUUGGUUCUGCAGAUACGCUCUUACCCCCAGCCACACCCAAGCGCAAGCAGAUAGCAGAGCUCAGCUGUCAAUUGAGCAAAGUUCAGUGUAUGCUUCAGAUGGCGAAGCAUUUCCCCCAUUGUAUGUCUUGUACCUCAAUAGCUAAUGGCUACUUUGGUUUGUGUCUGUAACUUAAGGCCUUGGAUGUGGUGUCAGUUGUCCUUAGAAGGAAUAAAACUUUUCUGCUGAUAAAA